UCCUCGCCCUUCUCUCUUCAAUCUAAAACAUAUUUCCAUAAUUAUUAAAUCCUUUCAUUCCACGCUUUGUUUCCAAAUCAAAAACCCUAAAAUCGGCGUUUCAUUCUCCUUAUGGUCUCAUGUUUCUCUCAUCUUCGUCUCCUUUCAUAGCCAAUAUUUUGUUCUAAUCUUAAAAUUGAUUGGGUUUUGUUGAAGAUUGUAGAUAUGCUCUUUGUUUUUCAAUCGAAUUUAAUAGGAUUUUGCCCUUUUCUUUAGAACUCAGGUUGCAGAGAGAUGGAAUAAGAUGGCGGAGCGGAAGAGAUUUUUGACAAUUAGAAGGAAAUUUAGCGUAUGUUGGAGACCAGUCGCCCACUGCUUCGAAUCUAACAGAAUCUGCUAUGUUUUGGAUUUUGAUGAAGCAACUACAGAACUGGAUACCCUAGGAGAGGAUUCUUACAAGGACAACCCCCUGAUUAUGCAGCUUCUUCGCGAUAACCUCACGUUGUGGACUUACGACUUGCAGGGGAGUAGUGCGGAGGAAAUUAAAGAAGAACCUAAGGCUGGCAAGUAACGACUUUCCUUUUUUCCUCACGAUCGAUAUAUGGUUUGUAACUGUUUGCUUUUUGAUUGAAAAAAAUGCUAUGCUUUACAAGUAUCGAGCAGUAGGAAUUUCAUGAAUUUGUAUUCUGAAUAUUAUGCCUAAUUUUAUUGUGAAAAUUAAGCAGCAUCACCAACUAUUCAGAUGAACCACGCUCCUCUUACGCAUUUGAUCGAACAGGGUAUAGGCGAGUGUAAAGUCGAAUCUGAUAGUUUCUUAUGUCUGUUGAAUCGAGCCAGGCUCUCGAAUGAAUUACAGUUAUUUGAAAUUGAUUAACAACUCCUACACCAGGUAUAAUAUUGAUUAGAGUGAGAUAUUGAAGUGGUGACCAUGAGGCUGCACUUAUGAAGGAGAUAAAAUUGUUAUUUAUAGCUUUAACGAAUGACCGCGAUAUAAUGUUAAGACUCCGACUUUUGUCCGGGGGUUUGUUGUAUCCGAUGUCCGGAGGUUGAGUUGUCUUCUGAAGUUUGGUGAGGAUUUCUUUCUCAAUAAAUGGGGUUAUUUUGAGAUCUUUCUAAAUGAUGGGUUUUUUGGGAUAUAAACGGGGUCUUUUUUUACGUUUUAAAAGUGGCUUCUCCAUGAACAGCAAGUCCGGAUGAUAACACAUGGAUGUAAACAAGUCAAAUGAUACGUGAGUUACUUGACAUCAGCUAAUUAAAAGCAUGAAUUAAGACAAGCUUAAUCGGCCCUAGCUAUAUAGGCUUUCUUAGUUUAAACUUUAAUCAGCGACUAUGAAUUUGGUAUUUUUCUUCUACCCGUACUUCGCAACAACCAAAUAUUAGUAUAGUAAUGUAUCUAAAUUGGUUGUUGUAUAUAGCGUGCAUACACUUCGAUUGCUUAUUCAAGAUUAUAUGCACAUUAGAGAGUACACUAAGUCAUUUGGGAGUUGCUUAUUCACCCCCACAACACUAUCCAGUUGUUAUUAUAUACUAUUGUAUCUAACUUUUUUCCCCUAAGUUUAUCUCAUGGUUGAUUUUUU